AUGGUUACGAUGUCUUUCUGGCGGGGCUUCGUUGCCGCGUCGAUUUUUUUCAAGUUCAGUAAUGCACAAACCAGCAGCCCUACAGGACCUACACACCCCAACAUUGCCAAAAAUUGCAAUGCUUUCCAUACUGUUGUCAGCGGCGACGGAUGUUGGGCAGUGGAAACCAAAUAUGGGAUCUCGCACGCUAACUUUAUCAAAUGGAACCCUGAUGUUUCUGACGACUGUUUGACCAACUUCUGGCUUGGUUCGUCAUACUGUGUCGGAGUUGGUGCACUCCCGAGUUCCAGCAUCAGGAGUAGCUCUGCGAGUAGGCCAGUUACGAGUUCCAGUAUCAGGAGCGGCUCUUCCAGUGUGCCAGUCACGAGUGUGCCCAGCAGUACGAUCAGCUCAUCGAAGACCUCAUCAGUAAAGUCUUCUAGUACACGGAAGCCUGUUACUCCUACUGCCCCGUACUCUAUUCGAGAGCCGGUACACACAUGGAAUAUCUCAAGCACUACGGUGGAGACUGCCUUUCCACCGAAGAAGACACAAGCAGGACAGGUUUCGUACUGCAACAACUGGCAUCUGGUGUCAGCUGGAGAAACAUGUCAGCAAAUCGUCGGUGCAGCUACUCGAGCAACAAUGGCACAGUUUCUUGACUGGAACCCAGCCCUAGAUAGUGACUGCUCUGGACUCUAUGAUGGCUGGUGGGUGUGUAUUGGCAUCCAGCCGCAGUCCAUGACGGUGACGUUCGACUACACCACUACCGCCGCUCCUGUGGAAGUUCCCGAGCCCACGGCAUAUACGCCAACAACAUACCAGGAUGCAGACUCCAGCUUCGUAGCUUCACCAACCCAAGCAGGCCUUGCCUCCAACUGCAAGGCUUUCCAUCAAGCAAAAGAUGGAGAAACUUGCAGGCAGGUACUUCAGUAUGGUCUCGUUUCGCAACAGCAGUUCUUUGCUUGGAACCCUGCGCUGAAUGGCAACUGCGAUGGCUUGUGGUUGAACUACUACUACUGUGUGGUAGCUGGAGACGCUCUACCUGCACCUCCUGUGGAAACAAAACGGCCUUCUUCGGUACCCCAAAACCAAAUUAGUACCUGCAAUACAUGGUACAAAGCAGAUGGCUCUGAGACCUGUGACGAGAUUAUAAGUAUGUAUGGCCGGUUCUCGAAAAAUGACUUGAUCAAAUGGAACCCUACUGUCGGAACAAACUGUGGGGGUAUAGCUGCAAACCAGUAUCUCUGCAUCGGUAUUCCUGGAACACCGACUACUCGUACAACCGGUGUACCGAGUACCACUGCUCCCCCCUCUGAAAUGCCUACACAGAGUGGCAUGGUGGAUAAUUGUAGUGAUUUCUGGCUUGUCUCUCGAUCGGAUACAUGCGCUUCAAUUGCUAGCAAAAAGGGAUCUACAGAGCUUCAGCUCUUGACCUGGAAUCCAGCACUAGGCACCUCCAAGUGUACGAACCUUACACCAAACUUUUACAUUUGUGUUGGCGUCGCGAGUGGGAGUGUGACUACUACGAAGCCUACGACUUCCAACUCCGCAUCAUCCAGCGGACCUUCUUCUGCACCUGUUUCAUCUAGCGCAACAACAUCGGCUGGUGGAGCUAUUACCACACCCUCUCCAACACAGGGAGGGAUGGUUGCUGGUUGUAGGAGAUUCUAUUUUGUUCAGCCCGGCGAUGGAUGCUGGGCCAUUGCCAACUCCGCUGGCAUUGCUUUGAAUGACUUCUAUAAAUGGAACCCAGGGGCUGGUUCUGACUGUUCGAACCUGUGGCUGGAUACCUGGUACUGUAUCGGAAUUGCUGGGCCAGUCACUACAAUCUCUAGUGGGCCGCCCGUGCCAACAUAG